ACAUAAAUAAACAGAAAAUUUUAAUAUGAAAACAUUACGUGCUAAUUAAGUAUAACAUAUCCUUAUCUUAUCGUCUAUUGCCAAUUAUCAGGGAAUAAUUGUAAAUAAUCAGUAAGAGUCAUAAUCUUGAUUUUUACAUAUUGCUAAAACAUUUUCUUGGUUCUACAAAGAUGGAAGAUCAAGUAGAGGAAAUGGAGUUAAAGCCAGUAAAUGUAAGACGUACUUUCACUCUGAGGAACAAUGUGGCGCGGCAGGUGGCUGUUAAUUUCAUGCCAUCCAGACAAAUCCCUUAUGGCACGCUACGCUUGCGCCGCAGCAAUUCUGAUAGUGAGGCGCUGCUGACGGGUGGCGCUGACAGCGACCGGCAGGCAGACAUCAUAGUGCGUGAGAUGGAACAGCUGCAGCGGCUCAUGGAGGAUAACCCUGUCUCCGAGGAGCUUAGGAGAGAGGCGCUGCGCGACUUGCCUCAGGGGUUGACGAUGAAGCGCACGGUACGCGCCAAGCUGUCCGCCUCCGUCAGCCUGCGCUCCAAACACCGCCCCAUCUCUUUCUACAAGCGCCUCAAGUACAGGAUCAGCUUUGCUCUGAAGAAGGGACGUGAUCGUAUCAGCGAGUUGAUAUUCUCGAUCGAGCCGUGGCACGAGGCGAUCCGGCACUUGGAAGGUCAGUUCGGUUCCGCGGUGGGCUCCUACUUCCACUUCCUGCGUUGGCUGUUCGCGCUCAACCUGUUGCUGGCCAUACUGCUGCUCUGCUUCGUGGUGGUGCCGCAAGUACUGCAUGAUCAGGGAAAUAAUAGAACUGGGAGUAUGGGUUUCUUGGACUUCGUCAGUGGUAAGGGUGGUUUCGAAGACAGCGUGUUGUUUUACGGGCACUACCAUUGGGGCGACGUGAACUCGUUUGGCCCGCUCACCUACAAUAUGCCCUUCUCCUAUUUCUUCACCAUGAUCUCGCUGUACUUAUUCUUCUUUGCUAUUCUUUGCUAUAGGACGGCGUAUUCAUAUAGGCGUAAUUUCAUCGAGAUUGCCGGAGGUCUCAGUAAUGUAUUUGCUUCCAAAGUAUUCUGCGGUUGGGACUUCGGCAUCGUGUCACAACACGCGGCCGCUCUCAACGCUUCAAGUAUUUACAAUGAAUUCAAGGAGUUAUUAAGCGAGCAGAACAAGAAGCAUGUGACAAUGUCGUUAUGGAGGAGAGUGUGGCAGUACAUGGUGAACGUGGUGGUGACGGGGGCGGUGCUGGCGCUGGUGGCCGGCCUGCAGUACGGCCUCUGGCUGCUGCUGGCGCUGAAGACUGAAGUCCAGCACUGGGAGAUCUUCGUCUCUUUGAUCAUCACAUUUGUGGUAGCUCUCUGUCCGUUGCUGUUCAAUUUGAUUGUCAGAGUGGAGUACUACAAGGCCCGCACCGCGCUGUAUGUGACGCUGGCUCGCACCGGCCUGCUCGACAUCAGCACACUCACCAUGCUGCUGGUCUACUGGACGCAAUCUGAUACACCGUGCUGGGAGAGCGCGCUGGGGCGGGAGACGUACCGGCUCGUGCUUCUGGACGCUCUGGUAUCUUUGUUCCUCUUACCGCUUGUUGAGUUCGCUAGAGGUUUCAUUUUUAAAUUGAACCCUAACAGUGGUGCGCCAGAGUUCAAUAUCGCGUACAAUUCUCUGACGCUGGUGUACAACCAGGCGGUGUUGUGGCUGGGCGCGGUGUGGUGUCCGCUGCUGGCGGUCGCGGUCGCACUCAAGUUCCUCUUACUGUUCUAUGUGAAGCGCGAGUGCGCACUGCGCGCCUGUCAGCCAGCCAGGAAGGUGUGGAGAGCCGCGCAGACGCAGACUGUGCUGUACAUGUUGGUCACUCUGUCUCUCUUCGUCACACUCUUCUCUGUCGGCAGCCUCUUCUUGCGAGGGUCGUCACAGACGUGCGGUCCAUUCGUGACGUAUACGCGUGUAUGGGGCGUGGUUAGCGAGGGUGUGCUGCGGCUGCCGGAGAGACCAGCGCUGCGCAGAGUACUCUCGUUCCUCACACGACCUGGUGUCAUCGCGUUCCUCUUCCUCUCACUCUGCGUGGCGACGUACUUCAUGCGUGCGCGUGCGCGUGCGCAGCGCUCCAUGGUGGACAUCCUGCGGCGGAUGUUGGUGUUGCAGGCCAAGGACAAGGACUUCUUACUCGCCGCCAUCGACAAGGUCUCCAAUGGAGAAUGGUUAUACAACCCUCGCGAGGAGGAGCAAGCAGCCGACAGCCACACACUGAAGUACCUGCAAGAGGUGCGCAAACCCUCAAACGCGGCAUAUCACUUCGACGUCACCCGCCUCAACCACUCCAUGUCGGAGACACGCCCACAUCGCGCUGAGACACGCCCACAUUCAUACCACGUGGACAGGCGCAGGCGCAGCGAGGAUGGUGACACUGACAGCUCCUUCAGCUGGCAGGGCUCCGCCAGCUGCUUGAACCAUACUAAGGAUCAACAGGAGUAGAAGCAAGCAAGAUUGACGUUUUCCGAUUCAAGAUGUGGAGGAUGUGGAUCAUCAGUGGUAGACGCCAGCAACAACAACAUCUGUUGCACGAAUUGUCCUCGCUCAGUGAAAUACCAUGACCUUACAGAAGACAGGCGUCAAGUGGAAUUAAUUCCACGAACAGUCUGAUGAAUGUGGUGCUGGAGGACUAAUUUUAGUCCUCUUUCCCUUCCCACCCUUUUCUUAUAAGGAAAGGAUGAGAAGGGA